CGGAGUCAGAAACAAUGUAAAAUUGUAGAUGAGAGAAAGGUGGUUUGGGAAAUACACAAUCACAGAGGCUGUGAUUUCCCUCUCUUCUUAUUUUGUCGCUCUCCCUUGAUCUCUCGAUGCUUCUCAUCCGCAGAAACCUGUUCCAAAAACCAUAAACCAUAGUCUCUUGUUUUCAUUUAAAACGACUGCUCUGUGAUUUUCUUCCUCAGCGAAGCAUGCAUGGGGUGUGCUUGUUUGUCGGCGAUGUUGGGGUUGAAGAGACUAGCAUUAUCAUCUGAGACGAUUUUCACGCCCAGAAAGAAGCUGUUCUCGUUUAGUUUACUCGUUGCUCUUUAUCUUGUAGUUUUUGCUCUACUCUUACCCAACAAUUCCUUCUCUGAUUCGAAAUUUCAUCAUCCUUCGUCGUCUCCAUCAGCAAAUGUGUCGGGGACACAAUAUGGGACUCUUUUGAGGGAUUCCAUUGACAACAUUAAAAAUGCAAGCUUGCAUGUCGGAGAACAGAGUUUUCAGACAAAAGCCAGUGAAGAUAAUCGUACGGCCACGACUUUUUCAGAUUCUAAUGUUCAGAAGAAUUCAUCUGACAUAAUUAAAGAUAAAUGCUCUUCGGGAGAAACAGACAGAAACACUGCGAAUAUAGCCCGCGGAACUAUGGCGGCAGUGUCGCUGAAGAAUUCUAGUUUUAGUUCAGAAAGUCACAUUGUGGGUAAUUUCUCUCAGGGGAAGCUUGUGGGAGAUUCGAUUGAGAACCGUAAUGCGAGUUUGAUUCAUCGUAGGAAUUCCCAACCAGAGGAAACGAAGAAGGUCGGUUUAUAUAAAGACUGUGACAUCUUUGAUGGUAAGUGGGUGAGAGAUGAUUCAAAACCGCUCUAUCCCUUGGGUUCUUGUCCACAUAUCGAUAAGUCCUUCGAUUGUCAUCUUCAUGGAAGGCCAGAUACAGACUAUGUCAAGUGGAGAUGGCAACCCAAUGGCUGCGACAUCCCAAGAUUGAAUACUACUGAUUUUCUGGAGAGGCUGCGAGGUAAGAGGCUGGCUUAUGUGGGGGAUUCACUGAACAGGAACAUGUGGGAGUCAAUGGUGUGUACAUUCCGACACAGUAUACGGAACAAGAAGAGAGUUUAUGAAAUCUCAGGAAGGACAGACUUCAAGAAGAGAGGUUUCUAUUCCUUUAGAUUUGAGGACUAUAAUUGUUCGGUGGACUUUAUUGUGUCACCUUUCAUCGUUCGGGAAUCUAGUUUCAGAGGCAAAAAUGGAACCUUUGAGACAUUAAGGCUGGACUUGAUGGACAAGAAAGCUAGUACGUGUCAUGACGCUGACAUCAUAGUCUUCAACACAGGCCAUUGGUGGACCCAUGAGAAAACAUCUCGAGGAGAAGAGUAUUAUCAAGAAGGUAACAGUGUGUACCCAAAGCUUGGAGUUCUGGAUGCAUAUAGGAAGGCUUUGACCACAUGGGCCCGGUGGGUUGACCGAAACAUCGAUGCCAAUCGAACUCAGGUUUUCUUCAGAGGAUACUCACAAUCCCAUUUCAGUGGUGGGCAGUGGAAUUCAGGAGGGCAGUGUCACAGAGAAAGUGAGCCGAUAUUCAACGAAACAUACUUGCAAGAAUAUCCGGGGAAAAUGAGAGUGGUGGAGCAAGUGAUCCAGAAAAUGAGAAAUCCAGUGACUUAUAUGAACAUAACUAGGCUUACAGAUUACAGAAAAGAUGGGCAUCCUUCAAUAUACAGAAUGAAAUAUCAAUCAGAAGCAGAAUGGAAAUCUGCUGAGUCAUCUCAAGAUUGUAGCCAUUGGUGCUUGCCUGGAGUACCUGACACUUGGAAUGAAUUGCUUUAUGCUUCUCUCUUGCAACAUGGAAAAGGUGAAUGGAAAAGCUGAGAUAAAUUCCACGGACUCUCUUUCAUUCUCUUAUGAAAUACUAUACAUAGGCAAAAGUUUUGGAUUCUGGUGCUGAAAUUCUUGAAGAGUCAAUGCUUGAAAACUGCACCUAAAUCUUGUACUUUUUUUGUUGCUUCUCUAGUUUCAACACUUGUAGAUUAUCAUCUUUAUAUGAAAGAGUGUAAUGAUUAUGCUGCU